GUCUGCAUAAUGUGACGACGGAAGGCCGAUUUAGGGUUUUAGCCCAGCCGCAGCCAUUCUCCAACCUCCGUCCGUGCUCUGCUCCCCGUGCGGAAGGCGGCUGGCCGGCGGCAGCUACGGCGGCGCGCGACCGGACGACGUACACGCAGAUCUGCUAAAGGAGCAACAUGGCAACACUUAAAGAUGUGGCAACACGGAAACCUAUUCUAGCAACAAUCCGCCUCCUGGUUCCUGCUGGAGCAGCCCGCCCGGCACCACCUGUCGGACCAGCUCUGGGUUUCUACAGGCUCAAUCUGAUGGCAUUCUGCAAGGAUUUCAACGCCAGGACGCAGAAGUACAAGGCAGAGACUCCGAUGCAAGUCACGCUGACCGCCUACAAGGACAGCACCUUCGAGUUUGUGGUCAAGUCGCCAUCGGUCUCAUGGUUCCUCAAGAAAGCGGCGGGCAUCGAGAGCGCGAGCAGCCGUCCGGGCCACAACAUGGUGACGUCCCUCUCGCUCCGCCAUGUCUAUGAGAUCGCAAAGCUGAAGCAGUCCGACCCGUUCUGCAAGCACAUGUCCCUCGAGGCCCUGUGCAAGUCCAUCAUCGGCACGGCCAAGUCCAUGGGCAUUGAAAUCGUGAAGGAUCUCUGACCGGUCUGGCUGGACUAGCUCUCAGGCAUAUUUUUUUAUCUUGUGUUCAUCUACAGCCAGUCUAGUUUCGUCUGAUUUGAAAGAAAGGUAGGGAUGGGAUUUAUCUGUCGAAAUCUGGCGGCGCCCGUCUUGGUGAUCAGUUUGUAUCAUGUGACAGUUUUCUUCAGUGUAACCAUUUGGUGGUGGUCGGGUAGUAAGUUUCUGCCUCCCUCUACUACUCCCCCUGUUCCAAAAUAAAUGUCAUGGUUUUAGUUCAAAUUUGAAGUAUUUUGCACUGAACUUGUUGAAAUGGCAACUUGAGCGCCUUCCAUGUCAAGAUGCUGGCAUGCUAAGUGGGCGUUGUAACUGAACUUCAUUUUAGGUAUCGUGGGCAUGAAUGUGUUGUAGCUUUCAAUAA